CUCGGGCCUCAAAUCCUCAUGUGUUGUGUACUGCCUUUCUAAUCAAUACCCACGUACCAACGAUCUUCCUUUCUUCUGCGGUUGAUCGGGAAGGGAAGGGAAGAACUGAGGCGGUCUUCCUCUCUUCUUUCGUUGCUCGGGAAAGGAAAUGAUGCGGCCUAACUGUCGGCGAUAGCGUCCUGAGAAGUCAAUAGACUCCUCGGUAAGCCCUCAACAUCUUCAUAAUGAUUCUUGAAUCCCUAUUCUUACGAGUUUGCUCAACCUUAGCUUUGUCCUGCAAAAAUUGCUUUAUGAUUGACAUUCGUUGGUUCAUUCUCUACUUCCUCUCUUUUGACACAGAAAAAUUGUCGUCGACGACGGAUUGACAAGCCUAGAGUCUCUUGGGUAAGGCCUCAACAUCGUCAUAUAUAGUGAUUCUUGAAGUCCCAUGCAUUCUUACGAGUUUGUUCAGUGUCGUAUGUCCUGCAAAAAUUUACUUCCUAAUUGACAUUCUUUGGAUCAUUCUCUGCUUCCAUUCUGAACAAUUAAGUUGCAUACUUUGUUAUUAAACACAGUUAGAUGAUUCUCAACCCGGCCUUUUGUUUGAAAUGGGUUGAUUAGAAAUUAAGGCCUCUGUUUGAAUUGAAUUGUUGGGUUUCUUUGUUUGCCUCUUCAUCGACAUUAUUUUUCCUUCUCUUUUCUUGCCCGCAUACUAACAUGGGAUCAAGUAUGGUUCUUUGAUUCAGCAUAUGGUGUAAUUCCCCAAAUCUCGCUUCACUGUUUGUAGUUCCUGAUGUAGUUGUAGCAUCUGAUCUUAGUUUACCAAUUAACCGUGUCGCAAUGAAGAGUUUUGUCUCAAAACAUAACUAAUGUAGUGAUAAAAAGAAAAAAAACUAUAAUCAAACCAAAUUGAACCCACACUUGCAUAACAUUAACUUAACGACUAUUAUACCUGCUAAGGAAGGUCCCAAUAACCUUAUGUCCACUGUACUGUACGUAGUAGCUAUUUCUGCAUCGACAUCCCUUAUUGUUGGUAAUCAAGAUUUAGUCCCUCGAUCCAGCGUCAUUUUAGUUUUGGUUCUUUUUAAUUUGAUAGAUUGUAUUGCUUUAGCAACUCUGCCUUAGUAAUAUCUAUCACUGUAACCAUGCUCACCUUUGCCUGGACUGUAAUUCAUUUAAUUUGCAGUUGGUGUACUAUUUUCCAGGUUUUGUAUUUUCAACAAGUCUUGGCCAUUACCCUACCUUUCAGAGCAACUGGAAGUAACAAAAACAGAUCAUGAAAACCAAUUACAUGACAUGACACACACUGCGCGCUGCAAUCAAACUCAUUUGCAUAAGCUCCAGUUCCAAAAUUAGUUACGUACCUGUUGCUUUGACUGCAGGGAGAAAACUACCAAGUCAUGACGACAAAGGUUGGAGAUGUGAGGGAAGUUUGGUGUUACUUAAGCUGCACUAAUUGGCGCAAGAAAAUACCGCCUGGAGAAUUGAAGUUUUGAUGCUCGAAAUGCAUCAUCAACAGUACACACUCAAUGUCAGUGGUAUUCCAAGGAAACUUCACCAACUCACAGAAAUAAUUAUGAAACCCUUUUGCAACAAUAAAUAACAAUUACAAAAGCUAUAACCAAGAAACAAAACUGCAGGUACAACCAACUUUGAUCUUCUAGGCCAUAAGAGGUACGUACGUAAAGAAGGCCUGUUUUUCCAUAAAUGUCAGCUAACAGGGAUAAAUGCACCCAUAUAUUUCAACUUUAUUGUCCACCAAUAUGUAUAUAUGUUGCCAUAAUUAAGUCUUCAAUAAGAUUACAUAUGUUGUUAAUGUUUAUAUAAAUAAGCUAUCGUUAACCUAGCAUUAGCAUCACAUCAACCAAAUGUAACUUCAUGUAUAAAUUCUACAAAUGCAUAUAUGAAUAAAAAUCUACUAUGAUUUUAAUGCUUUCAUUAGACAACAGAAGUUCAAUGUUUUUAGGUGUUAACCUAUUGUCACUAGCAUGUUACCAAUCGACAGAUGCAUUAUAUCCAAGAAACUACCUCAGUAAUAGUACAAAACCUUAGCAACAUCGACUUCUACUCAAAACUUCUAACACUAUUAUUGAAUAUACUAUGAAAAUUAGAAAAUCAAUCCAAAACGAACACAUCUUAAUUCUCCGGGCACCAAGCUAGUUGAAUGAAUUGUGUUUCCGAUUUUCCGUUUCCUCUUCGGUUUUUGUGUGGCUGCUUUGGGUUCUCUAAUGAAUCGGGUUGACCCAGUAACCCGAAAAGCCCACAAAAUAUAUUGGGACUGGAACUAGCAAACGACGGCGAAUUCUUCGUCUCACCUUCUCCAGCUCCGCCGUCGGUAGAAGUAGCUCUCCCACUCUCUUCUUGCCACUGCCACUUUCCUAAGACGGCCGAAUCGCUUUUCAUCAGAGGGUUACAGCCGGAAGAAAAUUAUCUACUCACGGAGGUCCAACAAACUCGGUGCACUUGUUCUGAUUUGGGGGUUUAUUCCUGUUCUUGGUGCUAUUCAGGUUUCAAUUCCAAGUUCGCAUCUUUGACGGUUGGUUGCCUCUGAAAAUUGAUUUCGAGAACCGCUGGGUUCCGUUAUUGGAUGCUGGUGGUUCUCUCUAUUGCUACUCUACUCGGAAUGAGGAAGACGAUGAUCCAUAGAAACUGGUCCAGAUUUCAGCGGCCAAGAACAGCCUGUAUGACUGAUUUUGCUUGUUCCACUGCGGCUUUAGCACCAUCGCCUUACUCAUCUUGCUCUGGGUGGAAUCCAACUACUCCUGGUACGUUAAAAUUUGCUACUUUCAUCAACGUCGAUGAUGCCUUGGCUUCUUUUGAACUGAUGGUCAGCAUGAAUCCCAAGCCUUCCAUUUCGAGAUUCGGUCAGGUAUUGUCCUAUCUUCUGAAAAUGAACGUCCCCCAUACUGCCUUCUCUGUAUCUAGAUCAAUGGAAUUGGCUGGAAUUCCACACAAUGAGUACACACUCAACAUGUUGAUUAAUUGCUUGUGUAAAUUAGGCCGUGCGGAUGUUGGAUUUUCAGUUUUGGGUAAAGCUUUUAAAUUUGGAGUUCAACCUGAUGUUGUGACCUUUGGUACAUUGAUUAAUGGGCUCUCUAAAGAUGGAAAACUUGCUGAGGCUGUGAAGUUGCUUGAUAAAAUAAGGAUGUUGGGAUAUCAACCCGAUGUGUACACAUACACCCCAAUCAUCAAUGGACUAUGCAAAGCAGGACAAGCAAAUGCAGGUUUUGAAUUGCUCGAGAAAAUGGAAGAUUUAGGCUGUCAACCUGACGUUGCUAAUUAUAGCACAAUCAUUGACAGCUUCUGUAAGAAUGGGUUGCUAUGCAAAGCCUUAGAUGUGUUUUCUCGAAUGAAGGGGGGAAAUAUUUCACCAAAUGUGGUGACUUAUAAUUGUUUGAUUCACGGUCUAUGUAUCUCGAGCAAAGAGAAUGAAGCUAUCAAGCUGUUGGAUGAAAUGAUAGAAAAGAACAUCAUGCCGGAUGCAUAUACCUUCAACAUACUGGUCGAUGCUUUUUGUAAGAAAGGAAAUGUGUUGGAGGCUAAAGCUGUAGUCAAAAGGAUGAUUCAAAGAGGCUUGCUUCCAGAUGUGGUGACUUAUAGUUGUUUGAUUCACGGUCUAUGUAUCUCGAGCAAAGAGAAUGAAGCUAUCAAGCUGUUGGAUGAAAUGAUAGAAAAGAACAUCAUGCCGGAUGCAUAUACCUUCAACAUACUGGUCGAUGCUUUUUGUAAGAAAGGAAAUGUGUUGGAGGCUAAAGCUGUAGUCAAAAGGAUGAUUCAAAGAGGCUUGCUUCCAGAUGUGGUGACUUAUAAUUGUUUGAUUCACGGUCUAUGUAUCUCGAGCAAAGAGAAUGAAGCUAUCAAGCUGUUGGAUGAAAUGAUAGAAAAGAACAUCAUGCCGGAUGCAUGUACCUUCAACAUACUGGUCGAUGCUUUUUGUAAGAAAGGAAAUGUGUUGGAGGCUAAAGCUGUAGUCAAAAGGAUGAUUCAAAGAGGCUUGCUUCCAGAUGUGGUGACUUAUAAUUGUUUGAUUCACGGUCUAUGUAUCUCGAGCAAAGAGAAUGAAGCUAUCAAGCUGUUGGAUGAAAUGAUAGAAAAGAACGUCAUGCCAAAUGCACGUAUCUUCAACAUACUGGUUGAUGCUUUUUGUAAGAAAGGAAAUGUGUUGGAGGCUAAAGUUGUAGUCAAAAUGAUGAUUCAAAGAGGCCUGCUUCCAAAUAAUAUCACUUACAAUUCAUUGAUGAAUGGGUAUCGCAUGCGGAACGAAGUAGACAAGGCGCGGCGGAUAUUUGAUUGUAUGGUUCUCACGGGAUGCAAGCCUAACGUUUACAACUAUAACAUCAUGAUUGAUGGAUAUUGCAAAAGUAAAAGGAUGGAGGAAGCCGAGCAGUUAUUUAAUGAUAUGCUUGGGAAGGAUGUGUCUCCCAGCACUAUUACAUAUAAUACUCUCAUGAAUGGAUAUUGCCAUGCAGGGAGGCUUGAAGAUGCACAAGAGCUUCUCAAGAAAAUGUGCAGUCAAGGUUUAUCCCCGAAUCUUGUGACAUAUUGGACUUUGCUUGCUAAUUUGUGCAACCGAGGCUAUCUUGACAAAGCACUAGCUCUAUUCGAAGCAAUGAAAAGUAAUAAGUUGAAGCCCGAUGUUCAUAUGUAUAACUUCAUUAUUACUGGUUUGCUUGAAGCAGGGGAAAUGUUUUCUACCCUCAGCGAAGGUGACUGCUUAAAGCCAACUACCCACACAUAUAACAUAGUAAUCAAUGGACUUUGUAGGCAAGGUUUGGUAGAUGACGCAUACAAUUUGUUUAGAACAAUGGAAGGGGUUACUUGUCCACCAAACUGCAAGUCUUAUAACGUGAUUAUCCAUGGAUUUCUUCAGCAUAAAGGUCCAUUUGAAGCUGGGGAUCUUAUCCAAGAAAUGUUGUCCAAGGAUUUCACAGCUGAUACAACCACAAUGUCCUUGCUGAUGGAUUUAACGUCGAAAAAUCAACUGAAUCAUCCAGUUGUCAGAAAGCUGCUUGGUGAUUCUGGAAAGGCUGGUGAGGAGGUUAGGCCCAAGGGUUUAUCAGCAGAGAGAAACAUCACCCCAGAAGCUUGUUAGAAUUGUUGCUCCAAAAAACCGAGUUUGGAUCUUCCUGGUAGUACAUUGUGCAUGGUUAUGUCUUUCAGCUGACAGCAUCUGUAGAAGGUAUAAGCUUCCACUCCUUUGUUGUUCUCGCUGUCUCUCUUUUUGUUAGUGUGUUUGUAUUGUUCUGCCAACCCUUCUGGUUGCUUUGCAUGCUUAGUGGCAAGAAAGAAAGUCUUUGGUUCUAAAGAGUUUUCCCCAAUUGUGAACUUCCAGCACUAGGUCUAGCAGCUAAUGCCUUUGUUGCCAUGGAGAUGCUGACAACAGCUCUGUUUCUAUCGCACAAGUGCCUAGACCAUUUGCAACAGUUCCAAAGAGCUUUUUGCAGCAAGGCAGGCAGAAGGGGGAAAAGAAAGGGAAGAAAAAGGCUUCUUUCUCCAUGAUGUCAUUUGUUUGCAGUUGGCUUUUUGGGAUAGUACAAAUGUUUGUUGCCAAAGUGUGUUCUUUAUUGGAUUGGAUGAGAGGAAAUUGUACCCAGAAUUGCAAUUUUUGGUUGGGACUUGUUUGGAUUGCAGUGCAGUUGUAGUAAUUUAUCUAAAAGGGGCUUUUGGCACUGGUAAACGAACUAUGGUGUAAUGUCAAAUCUUCCCACCCCAAAUGCAUCUGGGCAGAGAAUGAAGAAUUCAGCUUACUCUUUUAAGCGGCAACUGAAAGCUUACUAUUGCCCCCUUUCAAUUGCUUAAAUAUGAUCUUAUACUAUAACUUUGGUAUCAACCGUUCUCUUCACAUGUAAAUGGCUAGGAGGUGAACACUACCCAACAUAUUGUCAAUCAUGCUUCAUAUUUUUUUUGGAUAAACUAAACAAAUUGAAUUUUCUUUUACCAUCAAAAUUUUUAUAAACCGGGAUAGUCUUG